AUGUCCGUGGCUUCAUCUUCGUUGUCAACGCAGCCGCUAGCACCACUGAGUCUCGAACAAGAAGACCAAAUCAUCCUCGCCCGUAUAACCAAUGAUGAACGAUACCUGCGUCGCGUCAUCAAGAAAUUUCACAACUAUGCUUCCGUAGCGCAUGGCUCUAGUGCCGAGUCUAAGCAAGAUGCAAAAGAGGCUUUUAUCGUCGAGCUAUCGACAUUUCGACUGGCGCUGAAAAAGAGCGCCAUGGUCUGUGAAGCGGAGGCGCGGCAAGUGGAAGAGUACCAGCGCGAGAAGCUUAGAAUAGACGAUGAACAUGGGAAGUUACGGGGUCAGAUUGAGCAGUUGAAAACAUCAUUGGAGCAUGCUCAAAUGCUACGACGCCGGAAGAUGGAGUAUGACUUUGUCACGGAAAAGAUUAACACGCUUCCCAACCGAGAAGAGCUGAACCAAAUGAUUCAAGCAUUUGAAAACGACAUGAUGGCAAUACGCUCUGAACAUGACACACAGAAUCGGACUAUUCAAUCACAGAAAAGCGCAUUGGACACCAUCAUAUCAGAUCUGGGGGCCCUUCGUUCGCUGGGAAAAGAUACCACCGAAAUCCCUGUUUCCCUGCUGGCUAGUCCAAGAGACACCCCUGCCCUUGAGGGUAGUGGCGUUGAAGACAUGGCCGAAACACGUACUGCUACGCCAGCAAUGAAGAUGGAGGAUAGCGAGAAGGAGGAGGGAGAAACGGACAAAGCUACUUCUCAAGAUAUUGAGAUGGGUGAAGUCGAAGAGGAAGACAAAAGUCAGAAAAGCAAGAAGAAAACUAGAGAAGACAUGGAGGAGGGUGAGGCUACGGAUGCCAGUAGCGAAUUGUCUGACCCUCCAGAUGAUGACUAG